AUGGUGGCUCGCUCAGGCGUCGCGACGGAUGCCCUGCGACGGCAUGUCUUCCCUCCGUCACCCCCCGCUGGCAAAGAUGCGCUCAGGCUAGCCGGGCAGCUGUCAAUCAGAGGCCAAAACAAGAUGGCAGGCUGCAGGAGCUGGUUCCUCCUUCUGACAGGCAAGUUUGUGAGUUUGGCUCACGCAGAGAUCAAAUUCAACAUCCCAGCGGGGAGGUUUUUCUCUUACGAGCUGAUGAGGGAGACAUUUCAGAGUGACUUUGAGCCGCUGUCCCAGCUCUACCUGGGCCGCCUGUACGAUGACCCGAUGGUGUUCAAGUGCAACAAGCAGCACUUCCCGGAUCUCCCUGAGUGGCUGCGCUUCACCCAGAGGCAUCCCUACGACAACGGCUUUCUUUACGGGACCCCGACAUCUCCUGGGAAGAGCGUCAUUGAGAUUUACGCCGUCAACAAGCGAAGCUAUGAAACCACCAGGCAGAUUCUCGUCCUUAAUGUAAUUGCAGCAAAGAGCCUGCCCUAUCAGGCCGAGUUCUUCAUCAAGCUGCGGGAGAUCGAGAAAGUGCUGCCCCCUGCUGUCCAGGUCGAGAUCAAGCAGGACCUGCAGAAGCUGUGGGACACGGAGGCCUUGGACAUCGUCAACAUCUCCAACGCUCUCGACCGUGGCGGCCGCGUGCCUCUCCCGCUGGCAGGACACUUCGAAGGCGUGUACGUGAAGGCGGGAUCGGAGCAGAACUUCUCCGCCUGCCUGCUGCGGGCACAGACGCCCGAGCGUCGGCUGCAGUGCGCGGCGGGCGCCAAGGUCAAGGUGCCUGGCGGGUGCAACUUCUGCAGUAUCCCCAGCAACUGCAUCAGCUGGUGCAGCACUGAGCUGUUUGAUCUCUCCCAGCUGGAACCAAGCCCGCCCGCCCCUACUUUAGGCUCCGGCGUACUGGAGGCCGGCGAAGACUUUGCACCACCAAACUCCCCCGAGGACCGGGACUUUUUGCCGGACUACAUUGUGACGGUCAUCGUGCCGCUGGUGCUGGCCCUCGUCCUGUGCCUACUGCUCGCCUAUGCCAUGUUUGGUCGUCGUGAGGGCGUCGAAAAGAGGAAUGGGAGGACAAACCAGAUCCAGCUGUACCACCACCACACCAUUCUGGACAACACUGAUGAGCUGAGGAGCAUGGCGGACCACCGCAGUGUCCCCCCGCCGCUCUCCACGCUUCCCAUGUUUGACAGUCGCACAGGGACCCGUGCGACACCCUCUGACAGCCCCCGUAUCCCCCUCAUCAUGGCCCAGCACGACCCCCACGUCGAUACGCUGCCCAGGAAGUAAGAGCGCCAACGGAGUGGCAGUCCAGGAGGGCAGAAUGUGUUGUGUGCUCUUUGUGUUUGUGAGUGUUUUUCAUACAUUUGUUUUUGACUCUAUUGAUAUCACAAUAUGAAUAAGAAUCCACAUUUUAAAAACUGUUGUGACAUUUUGGCCUUUCACAAAUGGGACAAUUAUGUAGAGUAAAUUGAGUUGAGUUGGGUAAUUUAUAGUAGAAUACAGUAUAAUCCAAAAUUAUAGCUAGCUAUAGUUAUUUUUAAGACUCAAAACAAUGAUUCACUGUUCAUGUAGAAACAAUACAAAAAAAUUAUAUCUAUACAUUGAAAUAUAUACUUAUAUCUAAUUUAAUCACAAAUCCAUAUGGGGUGGUACAGUGUUUUUAGCACAUCUGCCUCACAAUUCUGAAGUUAGGGGUUCGAAUCCUGGCUCUGGACUUCCUGUGUGGAGUUGAGUGUUCUCCCCCUGAUGGUGUGGGUUUUUUUCCGGGUAAUCCGGUUUCCUCCCACAUUCCAAAAACAAGGUUGAUUGAAGACUAAAUUGUCCCUAUGUGUGCGUGACUGGUUCUUUGUCUAUCUGCGCCUUACCCUGCCAACCAGUUCAGGGUCUCCUCUGCCUCUUGCCCAAAUAGCUGGGAUAGCCUCCAGCUCAACCGUGAGCCUAGUGAGGAUACGCGUAAUAGAAGAUGAUGGAUGGACAUUUAUAUGCUCAUAUUAAGAUACACGAGAUCGCAAUUUCAUGUUUCAAUUAACGCCAGACAGAGGUCGCCAGAGUAGCCUCUCAUU